GAGCCACUCAGUUAAGACGCCUCACUCUCUCUCUCUCUCUGAAAACCAGACUCACCUCCACAUCCCUCCAUCAGGAUGACGCCGAGCUUACUGCUCCUGUUUGGGUUGAUGCUCAUUUGUGCCGCAGGCGGCCUUGGAGGGUCGCGCCAAGCGCUCGGGAGAUCGGCGACUUUCAGCAGGAACCAGCAAGAGCCGAGCCGGAGCCGGAGCCGGAGCCGGCCGAGAAGGGAUGCCGGAUUAAAGAGCGCAAGGGCCAGUGCGUGUCAGCUAACACUUGCUGAAAAUGACAGAAGGACGCUGGACCAGAAUACCCAUGAGACUGCUUUCCACGGCGAUGACGGCUCCACUUUCACGCUGUCCUGGGUGGGAGAUGGCACGGGGGUCAUCUUGGUGCUGUCCACCUUUGGCCUAGUCUACGAGGGAGGUUCCUCAAGGCUGUACAGGAGUGUGGAUUAUGGGAAGACCUUCCAUAACAUCUCUAAUGUCAUAAACAACACGUUCAUUCAGAAGGACUUUGGCAUCGGCACAGGACCUGUGACCUCCAACCAGGUGAUCCUCACGGCGGACGUCCCUGUCACUGAUGUGCCUGGAGGCAUCGCCUUCACUUCCAUGGACGCGGGCGAGUCCUUCAAACAGAUACAGCUCCCCUUCCACCCCAGCCAGUCCUUCACCUUCCACCUUCGAGACCCCAGCUGCCUUCUUGUCGUCGGUAAUGAUGCUGCCCUCUGGCUGUCUGUGGACUUUGCUGAACACUGGACUAAAAUCCAUGAAGGUGUUCAUUCAUUCAUGUGGGGUCCUGGCAUCACUCUCUUCCUUAGUGCCAGCCUUGAGGGAGGAGUGGACGCAGGCAGACGGGGAGAGCUGCUUCUGAAAAGGACGACAGACCUGGGCAAGACAUUCACCACCAUCCAUGAAAGCAUCUUCUCCUUUGGCUAUAUAGGGGGCUUCUUAUUCACCUCUGUCAUGGAGAAACUGGGGGAGCCACGUGUCAUCUAUGUGUCCUCCAAUCGGGGGGAGACCUUCAAAAAAGCUGAACUUCCUUCGGCUACCAAGGAGCAGUUCUACUCUGUUCUUGAUGGGGAUGAGGACAUGAUCUUCAUGCAUGUCGAUGACCUUGGAGACACAAACUUCGGGACUGUCUACACCUCUGACAACCAGGGUGUUAUCUACUCCAAGUCACUAGAGCGGCACCUAUUUGGAGGGGAGGGGAAGAGUGAUUUCACGAACGUCACGUCCUUGCGUGGUGUCUACCUCACCAACGUCUUGGAGAAGGACGGACGCAUACGGACCGUGAUCUCCUUCAACAAGGGUGGAGAAUGGAGGCUGCUGGCCAAGCCAGACAACGCAGACUGCGGACAGGGUGUAAAGAAUUGUAACCUGCACAUCCACGUCGAGUACAGCCACAGCAAGGGCCUGGCCCCCAUGCUGCCGCUCUCUGAAGCUACCGCCCUCGGCAUCAUCAUCGCUCACGGCAGCCUGGGAGAUUCCAUAAGCUCAUCGCAGGCGGACGUGUUUGUGUCGAGCGAUGGGGGCUACUCAUGGACGCAGGCGCUGAAAGGUCCCCAUCACUACGCCAUACUGGACUCUGGGGGGCUACUGGUGGCGGUACCCGCAAAUAAGGACCAUCUCGUCAGCACAGUCAAGUUCUCCACAGACGAGGGUCAGUGCUGGCAGUCCUACACCUUCGCAAAGCAGCCCAUUUACCUGGCCGGCCUGACAUCAGAACCCGGCACCAAGACCUUGAACAUCAGCAUCUGGGGAUACCGGACUGAGGAGGACUUCAAGACGACAUGGGUCGCCAUCACCAUAGACUUUGAGCAUCUGCUCACCAGAGAGUGUGGAGAUGGUGAUUAUGAGAGAUGGCUGGCUCACUCCAGCAUCCAGCAGGACUCGGACACUCGAGGCUGCAUCCUUGGGUUUCGUGAGACCUUCCGGAGGCUGAAGAAGAUGGCGAUGUGCAGGAACGGCCGGGACUACGUGGUUAGCCGGGAGCAGACCCCGUGCAACUGCACCGAGGAGGAUUACCUGUGCGACUAUGGCUACUUUCGUCAUGAGAACACCUCCGAGUGUGUGGAAGAGCCCGACUUCAGGAACCAGUCUGUGAGCGUGUGUCAGACCGGAGAUGAGCGGGAGAUUCAGAGCUCUGGGUAUCGGAAGGUCCCUGGUGACAGAUGUGAAGGUGGUUUUUAUCCUCCACCUCGACCGAACUCAGCCAGCAGGCAGUGUGGAGCAGCACCCUCAUCAGGAUACGAGAUCAUAGUGCUGACGAUGAUGUGUGUCGGUAUUGCUGUCAUCGUGCUGACCACCUCCCUCUUCUUUGUCAUGAAGAAGUUGUUUUGUGUAGAGAGGACGCCAGCAUACCGCUUCUCUGCCCUGCAGCUGCAGGAUGACGAUGCAUGUGUGGUAAUAAACCCACAGAACGCCUCCACUGGCAAUGGAGGUGUCUAUCCCAGUGACUCAGACGAGGACCUCAUUGAAUAAACGAGGGCCGACUGGAACCAUCACAAAACUCACAAAUCACAAAAUUGUUCGUAAAAGCCAUGCACGGCAGACGUGCCAGCUCAGUGUUGUUGUCAGUUCAGGUAAAUCCAGGUAUAACGUUUGCCAUAGGUGUCUCCCAUGUAUCCAUACUGUUCUCAUUCAAGAUCCUGCUUGUCCUCCAAUCACUUCUGGUUUUUCCGGUUUAGCUAAUCUGUAAGAAAUUAGGGAACUCCAGCAAAUGCCACUGAACGCCUAUGAAAUCCCAG